AUGCUUUCGGCAGCUGCAACGGUGCGGCUCCCAAUGCUGCUGGCAUUGGCCGCCGCCGUCUUGGCCGCGCCUGGGUUGCAAGUGCUCGACGUCAAGCAAGGCACUCUUGCAUCCAGCGACGAGCCGCGAAAGCUACACGGGCGAUUUUUGCACAUUACAGACUUCCACCCCGACCAGUUUUACAAAUUUCAUGCCGACAUUGACAAGAGCUGCCACAGCGGCAAGGGACUUGCCGGCAAGUUUGGCGCCGAGGUCUCCGACUGCGACUCGCCAAUUUCACUCGCCAACCACACCCUCGAUUGGGUCCGCGACAACCUCCGCGACCAGAUUGACUUUGUCAUCUGGACCGGCGACACGGCCCGUCACGACAAUGACGAGAACCACCCCCGUAACUCGGCACAGGUUCUCGGCACCAAUCGCCUGGUUGCCGCCAAGAUGUUGGAGACGUUCUCAACCGACACGCCGCUGGGGCUGAGUCUCCAGCUACCUGUUGUGCCUACCUUUGGCAACAAUGACUUUCUCCCCCACAAUAUCAUGGUCCCCGGUCCCAACCGAUGGUUUGUAGACUAUGCAGAUAUCUGGGGCCCUUUUAUCCCCGAGGAGCAGCGCCAUCAGUUUGAGUACGGUGGGUGGUUCUACACCGAGGUCAUUCCCAACAAGCUCGUUGUUUUCAGCCUCAACACCAUGUUUUUCUUUGACCGAAAUGCCGCCGUCGAUGGCUGUGCACUCAUAUCGGAACCCGGGUAUAAGCACAUGGAAUGGCUGCGUGUCCAGUUUGAACGUCUGCGCGCCAGCGGCAUCAAGGCCAUCCUCAUGGGUCAUGUCCCGCCCGCCCGCACCAACAACAAGCAAAACUGGGACGAAACGUGCUGGCAGCGCUAUACACUAUGGCUUAAACAGUACCGCGAUAUUGUCAUCGGCUCGCUCUUUGGUCAUAUGAACAUUGAUCACUUUGUGCUGCAAGACACCAACGACCUCGACGAGGACAGCAUCCUGGCCAGGGGCGAGUAUAACUUUCGCCAAAGCAUGGAUCUUGGCAACGACAAGGAGGUCGGAAUUUCUGGCAAAACAGACUAUCUCCAGGAUAUUCGCCAGCAGUGGUCCAAGCUGCCCACCUCGGCUGGGCAUGUCACUGACAAGGAUUUUCAAGAUGUCGACGAAGAUGAUGAAGAAGACGAGGACGAUGAGUACGACAUUGAAUCUAUCUUUGGGAAAAAGAAGGGUAAAGGCAAGAAGAAAAAGGGCGACAAGAAAAAGAAGAAGAAGAGGAACCUGAAGAAGAUUGGCGGCAAGUACGCCGAACGAUACCAGAUCUCGAUGAUUGGGCCUAGCGUCAUUCCCAACUACUUUCCCACAAUGCGCGUGUACGAAUACAAUAUUACCGGCAUCGAAGACAACCCCGUCUGGAAAGAUGUCCAUGGCACACCAUCUACCAUGCAAGCAGCCGAGCAGCAGCGGGCUGACGAGCUUGGUUUUGCGCCGCAAGAACUCAGGCGCCGGUCCGAAGACGCGCCGACCAUGACCGAGGCCGAGUUUGAGGCACUGUUUUCUGACCUCUUUGAGGACAAUGACGACGGCGCCGCGCACGACGCCGGCAAGAAGAAGAGGAGAAAGAAGAGAAAGGGUCACAGCCCGCCCUACCUCGUCAUCCCCCCCGGCCCCGACGCCGACGCCCCGCCCGGACCGGCCUACAUGCCGCAGACGCUCUCCUGGGUCGCCUUUACGCAGUACUUUGCAAACCUCACCCUCAUCAACAACGAGGCGGAGCACGGCAAGUCGGGGCACCCAGUCAACCCGAUGCAUUUCGAGGUCGAGUACGACACGCGCGACGACGACUGGUACGGCCUCGCGGACCUGACAGUGCGGGAGAUGCUCAAGCUGGCGCACAGCAUUGGUGGUGGUGGCGGCAACCUCGUCACCGCGGGCGAAGACGUCGCGGACUGGGAGGAUGAAAGCGAGGGCUGUGAGGACGAGGAAGACGCAAGUGGGGGUGAUGCAGACACAUCGGGGAAGAAGAAGAAGGGAAGGAAGGGAAGGAAGGGCGGAAAGAAGAAGAAGAAGGAAAAGAAGAACAAGUUGUGGAUUGAGUUCCUUCGCCGCGCGUUUGUGGGCACCAUGGACGAUGAUGAUCUGGAGGACUUUGCGUAA